ACCGCAAAAUCCAAGAGGCCGCUGAUGGAUGUUUUGUGGUUUGUAACUUCUUGGAUCGGAUAAAGUUACGGGAUGGUAAUAUAAAGUUUAUCCAGAAAAAGUUUUUUUUUUUUUCCUCACCUAAGAAGAGUUUGUUCCCUCUUAUAUUGCUCCUGGAUUAUGAUAGAAGUUCCCUAGGAGCUUUGAGCCAGCUGGGGUAACCAGAUCCAGUUUAGGUUUCUCUCCGGAGGUCACAAGAGGAGGGAUGGGGAUCGCGAGUUCUUCUUCUUCUCUUCUUUUGGCCUUCGUCUUCUCUCUACUGCUCCAAAGCCCCAGCUUUGCUGCCAAAAAGUCUUAUGUUGUGUACCUCGGAGGCCAUUCUCACAACGGCAAAGAGCUUUCUUUGCAUGUCUCCAAGCGAGUGAGAGACUCUCACUAUGAGCUCUUGGCAUCGGUCUUAGGGAACAAGGAGAAGGCCCACGAUUCUUUGUUUUACUCCUACACAAGUUAUAUCAAUGGCUUCGCAGCGAAUCUGGAAGAAGAAGAGGCAAUGGAGAUCUCAAGGUAUCCUGGAGUCAUCUCAGUGUUUCCAAACAGGGGGUACAAACUCCACACAACUCGGUCAUGGGAAUUUCUUGGCCUCGAGAGGGAUGGCAGAGUUCCAAAGGAAUCAUUAUGGACGAAGGCAAGAUUCGGCGAGGACAUCAUCAUUGGGAACCUCGAUACCGGUGUGUGGCCAGAGUCUGAGAGCUUUAAAGAUGAUGGCUUGGGGCCUGUGCCAUCCAAGUGGAAAGGAAUCUGCCAAAUUGGCGUAGAUAAGAGCUUUUCAUGCAACAGGAAGGUGAUCGGUGCACGGUACUACAACAAGGGCUACGCAGCCGCGGGCGGCACGCUCAACGCCACCUUCGAAACCCCGAGGGACAACGACGGUCAUGGGACCCACACCCUCUCCACCGCCGGCGGUGGGUUCGUGCCCGGCGCCAACAUCUUCGGCUACGGCAACGGCACGGCCAAAGGCGGUUCCCCGCGGGCCCGCGUCGCGGCCUACAAGGUCUGCUGGCCGCCCAUCAAUGGGAGCGAGUGCUUCGACGCCGACAUUAUCGCCGCCUUCGAUGCAGCGAUCCAUGAUGGGGUGGACGUGCUCUCGGUGUCCCUCGGCGGGGAUCCCAUCACCUACUCUCUGGACGGGUUAGCGAUCGGCUCCUUCCAUGCCGUCAAGAAUGGGAUCACCGUCGUGUGCUCGGCCGGCAACUCCGGCCCGCUCCCAGGUUCCGUCUCCAACACGGCACCAUGGAUAAUUACAGUAGGUGCAAGCACCAUGGACAGGGAGUUCCCGGCCUAUAUUAACUUCAACAACAAAAGCAUCAAGGGAGCCAGCCUUUCUCAGAAAGGCCUGCCAGGAAACCAGCUCUACCCAAUGAUAAACUCCAAAGAAGCUAAAGCUCCAAAUGCCACCGAGCAUGAUGCUGAGUUGUGUUACCUGGGUUCGCUAGACCCUGAAAAGGUUAGAGGGAAGAUAGUCGUCUGUCUCCGUGGGAUUAUUGCAAGAGUGGAGAAGGGUGAAGCAGUUCUGCUGGCCGGCGGCAGCGGGAUGGUCCUUGUCAAUGAUCAGAGCUCCGGAAAUGAAAUCAUCGCCGAUGCUCACCUCCUCCCAGCAACCCAUAUCACUUAUAAUGAUGGCCUUUCUCUCUACUUAUACCUCAGCUACACCAGGUCACCACUGGGUUACAUUACAACCCCAAUAACACUGCUUGACACAAAACCAGCACCAUUCAUGGCAGCUUUCUCAUCUCAGGGACCGAACACUGUCAAUGCUGAAAUCCUAAAGGUUUAUGAAAAAUUCUAUUACCUCUUUCUUGUAGCUCAUAGAGUUCUUCUAAUUCGUCAAUUUAACUUCUUGCUUGCUGCCUCAUAUCACUGCACCUUUCAGCCUGAUAUCACUGCACCAGGUGUUAGUGUUCUUGCUGCCUACUCAGAAGCUGUUGGACCAACUGGUCUACCUUUCGAUACCCGGCGUGUUGCUUUCAACUCAGAUUCUGGCACUUCCAUGUCAUGUCCUCAUAUAUCUGGUGUUGUGGGCCUCCUCAAGAGUCUCCACCCUGAUUGGAAUCCUUCAGCAAUAAAAUCAGCAAUCAUGACCACUGCAAGAACACAGGACAACAUGGACGAGCCAGUGUUAAAUUCAUCCUAUGUUAAGGCUACACCAUUUAGCUAUGGAUCUGGUCAUGUGCGACCAAACCGUGCCAUGGAUCCUGGCUUGGUCUAUGAUUUAACCACAAAUGAUUACUUGAACUUCUUAUGUUCUCUAGGCUACAACUCCACCCAGAUAGCAAAAUUCAGCAAUGACUCUUUCUUAUGCCCCUCUAAACCUCCAAGGCUGGAAGACUUAAACUACCCUUCAAUCACCAUCCCUUAUCUCUUUGGCUCCAUCACGGUGACCCGCACAUUGAAGAAUGUUGGAUCGCCAGGCACAUACAUCAUCCGCAUCAGAGAACCAAGAGGCAUUUCAGUGUCCGUGAAUCCAACAAGCUUAACCUAUGAUAAGAUAGGUGAAGAGAAAAAGUUUGAGGUUACUUUGAAGGUUAAGAAAGGUCAUGCAUCUAUGGAUUAUGUUUUUGGAGGGCUAAUAUGGUCUGAUGGGAAGCACUACGUGAGAACUCCUUUGGUAGUGAGUGCUGCAGGAUUGAAGCCUUAACAAAGGAGCUGACAAGUUUUUUAUAUAUAUAUUUUUUUAAAAACUGCGAGCAGUUGUUGAAGUCAACAGGUGGUUUGAUUCAUUGGAAGAUGAAUUUAUUGGAUGGAGAUUACUAUUUUUAUCAUUUGGAUCAAUAAAAGCAAUAAGUAAAUUUCUUCCAAACUAGGUCUCUGUGUUUCUUCAUCCUUCUCUUUCCUUUUAUUUUGUAACUGAAAGGAUCAGAUGGUCGGUAUUACUGAAAUUUGCUGAACUUUGCUUCUCUACGUACUGCUAAGUUCUGGAAACUUUAAUGAGAUCAUGAACAUUUGGAUUUAA